CGGCAGACGAACGAUGGGCUCGGAGAAGAAGGUGCAGCUGAUCUCGGCGGAGGGCGAGAACUUCGAGGUGGCCCUCGACGUGGCCCUCAUGAGCCAGCUCGUCAAGGAGCAGCUCGAGGACGACUGCGAAGAUGGGCAGGAGAUCCCGCUGCCCAACGUCAAGACGCCGGUGCUGCUCAAGGUCAUUGAGUUUAUGAACUACCACCAUGCGACGCCGAUGAAGGAGAUCCCCAAGCCGAUCAAGACCAAGUUUGAGGACGUGGUCGAGAAGUGGGACCUCGACUUUAUCGACGUGCCGUACGAGAUGAUCUUUGAGCUCAUCCUUGCGGCCAAUUACCUCGACAUCAAGAGCCUCCUCGAGCUCUCGUGCGCCAAGGUUUCGGGCAUCAUCUUUGGCAAGACGCCCGACCAGAUCCGCGAGACGUUCAACAUUGAGCAGCCCUUUACGCCCGAAGAGGAAAAGUUUAUCCGCGACGAGAACAAGUGGCCGGAAGAGUAAGCGUCCACGCAAGCAGAAUGGUAACACGUUUGAAUUUAUUUUGGAUCGGA